UAGUGCACUAAACAAAUGAAGAACAAGCCGUGAUGAGUUGUCCGUACCGAGGACUAAGGUACUAACGCACUAAACAACUGAUGAACAAGCCGUGAUGAGUUGUCUGUAUGGAGUACUACAUUACUAACGUACUAAACAAAUGAACAUGCCGUGGUGAGUGUCUGUACCGAGUACUACAGCACUAACGUACAAGCGUACUAACCAGAUGAGCAACCUGUGGUGGGCGUUCUUACCGACUACUCCAGUAUUAAUGCACUGGCGCCCGUAACAAAUGAACUACAAGCCAAUGUGAGUUCCCGUUCUGAGAGCGUUUUAGACGGCCUCUGAUUGACGCAGAGUUUGUUGUGAACACGCCGGACACUCAAUGUUCACUCACUAUCUUUUCCUGAGUUUCCCCUAAAGAGGACACGUGCCCUUUAACUGUUGUCCUCUCAUCAUCACCAUCGUUUCCUUGUCGUUGAUGACGCUUUUCUUGAGAAACGGUCGAUAUCUAAUAGCUGCCUCAACUUUCAGUUCCCUUGGUUCCAUAAUCAAUGAUAAGUAAAAAACUUCAACUAGACACUUGUUCCAUAAUAACUUUUCCCGUGGCAUUUCUCGUAUAAACUAUAUUGGGACUGUAGUUACCACGCCGAAGAGAACGCGUUCAGUUAUGCGACAUAUAUUCAGCUAUUUUGACCACUAAACCAGUUGAGCCUAUACAGCUAGUUGUGCGUUUUGUUUGGUUGAACCAUUUUAACUAGUUUUACCAUUUUAAUUAGUUGAACCAUUUCAGCUAGUUUUUCCAUUUUAUCCAGUUGAACCAGUUCAGUUAAUUUUUGCAUGUUAUCCAGUUGAAUAAUUUCAUCUUGUUUGACCAUUCAACGUAUCAGUUGUAGUUGUUCAAGGAUUGGUAUUUAUAAUGAAAAGCGUGACUGAAUGAACACAUAAACACACGAAUAGUGCAUUAACAACGUUAGCCGGCUAAAGAGUUAGAGAGGAACAUCCACGAAUGGUCCAAUUCAUGAAACUACAGAUACUAGUGACUGGACCAGGAGUUAACUCAUUCCUAUCAAUUGCUCGCUCAAGCAUAGAAAAAGAAGAAAUAAUCACUAUGAUUUGCGUAAUAUGGUUUCUCUGAAAAUCCACCCCAGGAAAAGUGCAACCUUUAACGAAUACUGUGCAAAAACGCCGUAAUCUGUUAUACCUUUCAAAGCAAAAAUAUAUCACAUAAAAUGCGUUCUCUUCGGCGUGGUAACUACAAUUCCAAUAUAGUUUACACGAGGAAUGCCACAGGAAAAGUUAUCCUGGAACAAGUGUCUUGCUAGAGUUUUCUACUCAGUAUUGAUUGUGGAACCCAGGGAACUGAACAGAAAGAAUGUUGAGGCAGCUGUGAGGUAUCAACAGUUUCUCGAGAAAAGCUAAAGUUUCAGGCCUAUAAUGGGCAAGAACAGCAUAUUGAAUAGUGCUAGAUACGCACUUUUAGUACUGUAGUACUGAUGAAUAAACGAAAUACUAAAGGAGAGCGUGCUUCAUACUUACUGUCAGAUAAAUAGAUAGAUCGAUAGAUAGAUGGAUGGAUGGAUGGAUGGGUGAAUCAAUAGAUCGACAGAUCAAUAGACUGAUAGAUAGAUAAAGAUCUGUAGAUCGAUAGAUAGAUAGAGAUCUGAUAUAGAUAUAUAGAUAUAGAGAUAUAUAUAUAUAUAUAUAUACAUAGAUAGAUAGAUGAUGAUAGAUAGAUAGAUAGAUAGAUAGAUAGGUAGAUAGGUAGAUAGAUAGAUAGAUAGGUAGAUAGAUAGAUAGAUAUAGAUAUCAGAGGAUUAUGAUACUCAUCAGGAAUAUUAUGAUACUACAGUUGUACCCAAUAUUGUUUCAGGUUGCAGAUCCCUUCUAUGUGUUCCAGUUCUGCAGCAUUGUUUUAUGGUCAACUGAGGAUUACUACUACUAUGCUCUUGCCAUUUUGAUAGUCACAGUGGUUUCAAUAACAAUCACAGUAUACCAAACAAAAGUGGUAAGCCAUGCACUACUUGUCUUUCCCCAUAGACAUGUAUAAUCCAAUGUAAAAAAGCUGUUUCAUUGCGGUUGCUAAAUUUCAGGCAAGCCUGCACCAAACUGGUUUAUAUGAAACAAACCAUUAUGGACUCUAACUUGAAAAAAUCUGGCCUGUGACAUUUGUUUGGUGGUUUAUGGGUUUGACAAGCCUUUUAAAUCAGUUGUAUUAUAAUGCAUAUAAAAAUGUUUUAAUUUGUACCUUGCAUUAUGUUUCUUUGGUCAGGUUAUUGAGAAUUAUGCCACAAUUAUAGCCCUAAAUUCUUUUUUUUCUGCAAGAAAUUCCCUAGACCUUGACUAGCCAAGGUCAGUCCUUACUGAGAAAAACUGUAACCUUUGUCUUGAGUACCACUAUCAGCCUGGGUCUUUUUCUCAGCUGGAUCAUUUGUAGUGGUUCUAAUGUUUGCUCCAUUUUUCUUCUCUCUUGGAUUUACAAUGGCACAUAUACCCUGAUGCAUGAUACCAUGUAACUUCCCACAGGAUGCUAUUAUAUUGCAAGGAGUCUGAGAGAAAUGACAUCCCAGCUCAAAAUCUACGCACUUUAUUUUGGCAAGCAUUAUUUAUUUAUAAAUCAAUUUAUUAAUAAUAUUAUGCAGUGUUAAUUGUGCAAUCAUAUGACUAAGUAAGUUUUUUUUUCAACAGCAUCUUGAGAGAUUGCGAAGCAUGGUGGCAGUGUCAGAGAGAGUCACUGUGCUGCGAAAUAAUGCAGGUACUCUGUUUAAAUGUACGAGAAAGUUGACAACAACCACAUUGAUUUGGUACCAAUAAGUACAAUCAAAAUGGAAUUGUCAGGGAACCAACCAAUCAGAGUUGAGCAUAAUUAUUCAAAAGUUUACCUGAAAUUAGUAUUCUCUAUUUUCCAAUUAAAUGACUAGCAGUAUGUAGUGGAAAUAUCUUGACAUUAUGGGACAAGUUAAAAGUUCUUUGAUAUUAGUGUAUUCAUCAUAUUGAACAGCUAUAACAUUUCCCAUGUUUUGUAUCAAAUAGUUCGUAAUUUUUUUUAGUGCAAAGAAGUUGCAGACCAAGUCAAACCUAUCCUUUUCAUAAUUUGUUUGUGAUGCAUUAUGAAGUUGAAAUUCCUGUUGAAAAUAAUAUUGAUGUACAAGGAAUUUUUGUCAGGCUCUCUGAGUGGGUAAUGUUCGUUAGUUUUCAGGUUGAUGGUGACAUCUAACAAAUUGUCCACCUUUUAGUUGCUCCAUGCUGUAAUUCUUAACCCAAGAUCAAAGAGAAUUUCAUAGAAGAAUUUUCUGGUUUUGUCACUAGAUCUUGUGUUCAUGGUUGUAAAUUCUGCUCAUCUGUUGCUGCUGAAAAGCACUUUUGACUGAGGGGCCUAUUGCCAUUUGCCAAUGUUGACAGAGAAACUAAAAUUCACCUUGAAUUACACAGAUCAAAUAGAUGUAUCAUCUGAUGAACUUGUUCCUGGUGAUUUGCUGGUCAUUCCACCUAAUGGGGCACAAGUUCACUGUGAUUCUGUCCUUAUUAGUGGUAACUGUAUUGUCAAUGAGAGCAUGCUAACAGGUGAAAAAUUAGACAAAAAUUAUUGCAAAUAUGGAUAGAAUAUUCUCAUUAGUUCCAUUAAGGUAAAUAGGUUGUGUUACUAUGAGGAAUUUGUGUAGUAAUGUAUCUAAUGUUUAGGUUAGAUAAAAACUAAUACAAAUGCAGUCAUAGCAUCUAUGAGUUAAAAGAAAGACAUUGUCAUUAGUUCAAAAUUUUUUAUAUAGUUAGCUUGAAAACAUGCAGCCCAAACGUGAGUUUCACCAUAAGUUGGUCCCAAAUACUCAACCGGAGACUUAACACGAUGUGAUUUUUUAUCCUUUUAAGCAAAAAGGCUCACAGUACCCUUUAACAAUUUUGUAAUAAAAAAUGACCCAGCUCUCAUUCUUUGCACAUUUUCAUAUUCUUAUUUAGACCUCCCCUCAAAGGAAAAGUGGGUCUGCAACCUGUCUUGGGUCUGCAACCAGUCAAUCACAACAACCCUAUAAUUGACACCAACUAUAUUUACAGUUAUGAUGCUUGCAUUUGCAUUUGCAUUUAGAUUCUUUGAGCUUCUCUUCAGCUGUGGAACCCUGCACUCUUUUUUUCUGGGCUGGGCUUCAUCCCUUCCCCUCUGCUUUUGGGGGGCUGAUUUGACUUGCCUUUUGAAUCUCCAAUGGGCACACUUCCUGAAGAGGUUGGUAAUGCUGUGUCUCUUGUGCAGCAGGACCAUGCCUCUAACCACUCCAUCCUUACCUUGAACAAGGCCUAACACCCUUCCUUUCCUCUAUUCCCACAAUUCUUCUCAUUUCCAACAAUGAGAAUGACCUCCCCAACUGUAGGUGUUGUGUCAAGUUCCUUUUAUGGUCAGUGGUUUUCCAUUAGGCUGUGGACCUACUCUUUCUUUCAUCGCCUCCAUGCUUGGGCUUUAGUAAAAUCCAAUCUCCUUUUCACCCUUGUCAGGUUUUCUCCACCUUCAUCAAUGUCCUGUAUAGAAUAGGUAUCUCACCUCCACAUAAUCCCAGUUUGUGACGUUACAACUUCUAAAUGGACUGCUCUUGAGCUUGCGCAAGUGAAACUGAUGAUGUAACACUUUCCCUGUUCCCUUUGUCAUUUGCAGUGGACAGUGGGGGCCUUAAAAGGCAGAGGGCUACUUUGUUUUAAGUUCACUCUGACUCUUACAGUCAAAUGAAAUGGGUAGGCUAACAAUUGUUUUUAUUUCAUACAGGUGAAAGUGUUCCAGUCACAAAGAUUCCAUUGCCUUAUAUAAAGAGAUUAUCAAACAGUCCUUUGGAACAGAGAGAAGACCAGUAUAGCCCAGAACGGCACAAGAGACACACUCUCUUUAAUGGCACCAAUGUCAUACAAACCCGUUACUAUGGGAAUGUCAGGGUGCUAGCAGUUGUUGUUAGAACAGGUAGAUGGACAUGUAUGAGCUCUGUUUAAUGAUAUUCUAUGUAGAAAAUGCAUGUGAACAGUUUUUAAUUUAUCAAAACUUGUUGAACCUGUAUUAAGUGGAACUGUAUUGAUCUAUGUGAUGAAAUCCCUACUCCUGGGAAACUUUAAGGAUCAUUCUGAUGCAACUGCUUCAAGGAUACAGAGCCAACCGCCAUUAUUUACUUGCUGAAAGAAUGAUGUAAAGCUCUCUUCUUCACCUCUUUACACUACAAAGAAGCAUAAAUCCUUACAUUACUUAUGGUCCUGAACUUGAAAGUUGUAGAGUGUAGAAAGUAUUGUGUUCUUAUUUGUUUACCAUGUCAAACUGUCAUUAUAUGUACCUGCAAAAGAAAUAAAUAUCCUACAAAAGUUGACAUGUUAAACUUUGCAGAAGUACCUGAAUAUUCUUUUCUUCUCUAUAUGGCAAAGUUCUCUUACAAAGACACUGCUAGACUUGGGUAGUAUAAUACAUGAAGUAUAGUGUUCAUGCAUGUCAAAUUUUGACAACCACACUCACUCUGUCUAAUUUUGAAUCUUCAGGAUUCUCCACAACCAAGGGUGGCUUAAUGCGUUCCAUUCUUAGUCCAAAACCAGUUGGCUUCAAAUUCUUCCGUGAUUCUAUGCGUUUUAUUGGUCUUAUGACAAUUCUUGGUAGGAUCCAUCCUAAUAUUGCAUUGUGCUGUAUGAAGUUUUUGGUUGAUCUCUGCUAAUUUCUAUUGUAGGAAAUCUCUAUGUUUAAACAUCAGUUCAGGACCUGCUCAUUGUAUAUCUACUUAAAUUAUUCAUAGUGGGUUUAAAUUGUUAACUUUCAUUAAAUGUUCCUGCAGGAAGCAUGCUCAGCAAUGCAAGCUCUUUUUUGAAUGACUCAUACACAUGUACUUUCUUUUGUUUCAAGAUGAUGCAUCAAUCAAUUUGAAGCUUCAACAUCCUUGCUCUGGUGAACCCCCGAAGUCCUUAAACUUUUUAAAAUUGGUUUGUUAAAAUUCCUACCCCCAUGGUCCAAAAUUGUGCUCAAAUGUAUUACUAAAGUGCUGGAUUUCAAGGUCAAUUUCUUUGUUAAGGCAAGAUCAGUGACUGUGACUUUCUUGUAUACCUUUCCAUCUUAGCCAUUUGCUCGUGAAAGUGAACUCUUUUUCUUUAAAUACUGUAGUAUUUAACGAUAAAUAGUAAUAAGAUAGACAUUUAUUCCAUUGGAAUGACCAGACAGUUCAGGUUCAAAUUUCCCACCCCAUGCAAGCAAGGUUCAAAUUCCCUGCCCCCCCAGGCAUGGAGGGUGGUCAACAGUCAAGUGCCUGUGGGUUGCCAGGAGAUGGUUGAGGGGAUGUUGAAGCUUCAACCUGAUCAGCACAUAAGAGUGAGACAGUUUUACUUUAGAUGAUGGUCACUGCUGGACAUAACUUUUCCAGGCUCAUAAAAAGACUAAGAUGAAUGAAUGAUGUUUACUGUUUGUUGAUGUAUGAUAACUUACAACUUUGUUUUUCUCAAAAUUUUAGCAAUGGUGGGAUUUUCGUACAGUGUGUACAUCUCAGUGGUGAAUGGGGUCAGUGCUUUUACAUAAAUUAUACAUUUUUAGUAACCUAUAGAGCAGAGCAUGUUCUCUAUAAAUUUCAUAAAUUCAGCCAACAAGAGGGUUAAAGCUUGACUUGUUAAUUUCUAUCAACCAAAACCUAAGGUUCUACAAGAGAAAACAAUAGCAAAACUUCUCACUUCAGUUGAAAAGGUUGUAAUCACAUAGAGCAAGAUACCAGAAUCUGCCAUUCAUUCUAGUGCAUUCACCUUGUAUCACAACACUCAGCACCCUGGAGAACACCUUGUCCCAGUCUGUCUUUGUCUAACAGAGCCUAUAGCCUUGAAAGUAAUUAUCGUUUCAAAUCAUUUUUCCCUUCACUGUUUUUGCUUUAAUGAAUGGAUUAACAGAUGCAAGACUUCUGUUAAUAACUUUUUCAGUUAGAUGUAGGAACAAAAGUGAUUAAGAAUUCUCAAAUGGCAAGCCAUAAGGUAUUAUCAAUUUAGAGGAAACCAAUGCAUUUUUUUGCACAUCAGAUGUCUGUUGGGAAAAUUUUGGUGAGAUCUCUAGACAUCAUCACUAUUGCUGUUCCACCUGCUUUACCUGCAGCAAUGUCCGUGGGGAUUGUUUAUGCUCUACAGAGGUUAAAGAAAAAACAGAUCUACUGUAUCAAUCCCUCAAGGUGCAUUUAAUUUCUGUUAUAGAAACAAUAAUCGAAUUGCAGUAUUUUCUAUGAAAGAAGUGAUGUAAAUUCAGAUUAUAUUCUUCAACAGAUCAUUCAUGGAUGCCAUUAAUCCUUCCAAUUAAUACUAUAAAGUCCUGAUAACUCGAAUCAGCAAGAGAAAUUGAGAAUUGUUUAAAUAAUUAAAUGUUAUAGUUUACAAUUUUGGGAGUUAACAAUGCUCUACUUUUUAGUAAAUUUUAUUACAAGGCUGUUUGAAGUCUGAACUAAUCACUUCUUUCAUCAAUAGAAAUACUCAAAUGAAUAGUUUUGUUUACAGAGCCUCGUUUCCAUAUUAGAGCUGAGGGCAAGUGAGUAAUGGGUUCAAUUUGGAGGU